AUGGAGGAUUAUUCGAAAGCACUUGAAUUUUACGCAAAAGCGCAUGAACUAAAAGGAAAAAUUCUGCCUUCAAAUCAUCCAGAUUUGGCUAUUUCCUACAACAACAUCGGUGGAGUGUAUGAUAGCAUGGGUAACUAUUCGAAAGCACUUCAUUUUUUCGAAAAAGCAUAUAAAAUAAGAGAAAAAGCUCUGCCUCCAACUCAUCCUGAUUUGGCUCAAUCCUACAGUAACAUUGGUCUAGUGUAUAAUGACAUGGGUGACUACUCAAAAGCACUUGAGUUUCUUGAAAAAUCACUUGAAAUAAGAAAAAAAGCUCUUACUCCGGAUCAUCCUGAUUUGGCUACGUCCUACAAUAACAUGGGUCUAGCUUGUGACAACAUGGCAAAAAAUAUUUCGCCUCCAAGUCAUCCUGACUUGGGUUCUCCAUAUCAAUGGCUCGAUCAAAAAAUGCUACCUGAUCGACAUCCGAAUUUCGCUAUAACAUAUAGUCAUAUUGGUGAUGUUUAUCGAUUAAUGGGAGAAUAUGAAAAGGCAUUUUCAUGUCAUCGAAAAGCAUUAAAUAUUCAAGAAACUGUUCAGUGUAAUCCUCUGGAACGUGCAACGAUAUAUACAAAUCUAGGUGAAACGUAUGGGGAAAUGAAUGAUUAUACAAUGGCAUUGAUGUAUUUUCAAAAAGGAUUAGAAAUUCGUGAAAAGAAACAACCAAAAAAUCAUCCUGAUUUAGCUUUAAUCUAUCAUAGUUUAGCGAAAUUAUAUUUGGCUACUGAAGAAUAUAGUAUGGCAAUGAAAAAUGUCCAACAAGCGAUAGAAAUUGCUCAAGAAAAAUUGCCUUCAAAUCAUCCUCAUCUUUUGAACUAUAAAGAAACAUUUGAAACAAUUCGAAAGAAGUUGUAA